AUGCGGUGCGCGGCGGUAUCGCGCGCGCCGCUGACCGCGGCGCGUAUCACGCCCGGGCCGCGAGAGCGUCGCAGCCGCGGCCGAUGCGCGCGCGUCUCCGCCGCGAGAUGGGUCGACGUCCCGUCUGGACCGGGCACUCGACGUUCGCUCGUCGGCCACACGCACGCGUGCCAUGCUCCAUCGAGACCCGGGCGCUUGAACCAGCGAAGCCUCGGUGGCUCCGCGGCAUCGCGCCGGGCCACGUCGAAUCCCCACCGAUCACGACGACCCAGCGCGCGCCGGUUCCAUCGCACGAGGGCGUCCGGUGACACCGACGGCGAAGCGGUGUCCACGUCACGGGCGAAAGACGACGAUGGCGCGCGCGAGAGUGAUGAGGGGUCGUUGGACGCGGCGAUUUUCGCGCUGGCGCUCCCCGCCGUCGCCUCGCUCUUACUCGACCCCGUGCUGGGCGUGGUGGACACCGCGUUCGUGGGCCGGAUCCGAGGCGAAGGCGCCGCCGAGGCCCUGGGAGGCCUCGCGGUCGCCACCGCGGUGUUUAACUUUUCCUUCAAGCUGUUCAACUUUCUCGCAGAGGUCACCGGCCCGCUCGUCGCGUCGCAAAUCGCCGCCGCAGAGGCGGAAGCCACGGCUCUCGACGACGCCGGCACGACGACGACAAACACGACGACAAACACGACGACGACGACGCGCGCCGAGGCGGCGGAGACCGUGCGGGGCGCGAUGACCUUGGCGGUGGCGCUCGGGAUCUUCGCGUGCGUCGGGCUGGAGCUCGGCGCCGAUUCGGUUUUGCGGUGGUCCGGCGCAGACGGGGUAUCGUCGGGCGUCGCUAACAGCGGAGUGGACGGCGGGAACAUGUUACGUCAGGCGGAGGCGUACCUUCGCGUGCGUGCGUUAUCGGCGCCGGCGGCGUUGAUCGGGACCGUCGCGGUCGGGGCGUACAGGGGUUUACUGGACACCAAGACCCCGCUGCUCGUGUCCGGCGCGGCGAACGCGGUCAACUUGGUGAUGGACCCGGUGUUGAUCUUCGGCUUUGGGCCCGUGCCCGCGUUUGGGGUGGCGGGCGCGGCGGCGGCGACCACGACCGCGGAGUGGAUCGCCGCGGUGGUGUUCUGGAAGAUGCUCGUCGACGAGGGGUUGCUUCCGGGGAUGGACGGGGAGACGCGGCGACGGGACCAGUCACAGUCACAGUCGACGACGGAAAUUUCGGGAACUUUGAAGGGUCGAACGAACGACACCGGGGCGACUGACAACCUCAUUGGAUCUCCCGGCUCAUCCAUCGCGGGGUGGUUCGGCGCGUUGAAACCCCUCGCCGCCGGGUCAGCCUCGCAACUCGUCCGCACGCUCAUCUUACAGGCGGUUCUUCUCAGGGCCACCGCGGAAGCCGCUGGCGCGGGCGCGGCGGCGCCGCACCAGAUUUGCGUUCAGGUGUGGUGGGUCACGCUGUUCGCGCUGGACGCGUUGGCGGUGGCGGCGCAGAGCCUGGUCGCCUCUUCUCUGGGGGCGGGCGACAUGGUGAGUGCGAGGCAAGCCGCGGAUCGAUGCCUGCGAUGGGCGCUCGCGACGGGUACCGCGGUCGGAGUCGGCAUCUACGCGGCGGGUCCCGCGCUACCCGGCGUCUUCACCGAAGACCCGUCGCUCAUAGAGAGCACCCGCGGCCCUCUGGCGCUCGUCGCGUCGCUUCAGCCCCUGAACGCGGCGGUGUUCGUCGGGGACGGGGUGUUGCAGGGCGCGGCCGAUUUCGAUUACCUCGCGAUGGCGAUGGCGGCGUCGGCGGCGCCCGCGAUUGUGAUGCUGGGAGCGGUUGGUGUCGGAGCGGAAACCGGCGUGGCGCAGGGGGCCGCCGCGGAGGUUGUGUCCGCGACCGCGCUCCAAGGGGUUUGGCGCGCCAUGGCGGCGUUGCAGCUGGGCAGAGCGGGGACGUUGUCGUGGAGGUAUUGGUUCGACGGGAGGAGCCCCGUGGCGUCGCGUGAACGCGCGGACGAGGCUGGGAAGGAGAACGGGGAAUAG